GUUCCUGUGUAGCGGUUUUUCCACUUUCGCGGAUUCCGGUUUCGCGCUUUAAAAAUCAGUUUUCCUUCCACUCCUCUUCUACAGCUACUCUCAUCUAUGCAUUCUCAUUUCUCACCCUAUGUAAGAAAGAAAGAAGAAAAAAGAGGGGAAUUUCAGUUUCUGAUGCGUUUUAUUCAAGAAAAAGCCCGAUCGAUCCGUUUCAGAUCCUCCUUAUUCACUCCCACAAAAUCUCUCGCAGUCGCUCCUUUCCCGAUAUUCUGAGAUUCGGAAGAGAGAAUGCCAGGGGAAGGGUUCUCGAGUCAAGAAGAUAGGAUCGAGAGAAGAUCUGACAUUGAGAUGUCGGAAGAUGAGAGGAAGCGUAUCCGGAUACGAUCUCUCAAGAAGAAAGCGAUAGAUGCCUCGACUAGGUUGACCGGUUCUCUUAGGAAGCGAGGGAAGCGGAGAGCGAAUGGCCGGUUCCAGUCGGUUUCGAUUGAGGACUUGAGAGAUGCGGAGGAAGAGGAAGCUGUCGAUGCUUUCCGCAUUGCCCUGCUUGCGAAAGAUCUUCUGCCACCUCGGCAUGACGAUUACCACACCAUGCGGAGAUUUUUGAAGGCAAGGAGGUUUGAUAUUGGAAAAGCAAUCCACAUGUGGGUGGAAAUGCUCCAGUGGAGAAAUGAGUGUGGGGUUGAUUCUAUUCUACAGGACUUCAUGUUUGAUGAAUUGGAAGAAGUUCUGCAUUAUUAUCCACAUGGUUAUCAUGGAGUGGACAAAGGGGGAAGACCUGUUUAUAUUGAGAGACUUGGAAAAGCUGAACCACAUAAGCUAUUGAAUAUUACUACAACAGAUCGAUAUUUGAAAUAUCAUAUCCAGGAAUUUGAGAAGGCAUUUGGUGAGAAGUUUCCAGCAUGUUCCAUUGCAGCUAAGAAGCACAUUGAUUCCUCUACAACUAUAUUGGAUGUGCAUGGUGUGAGUUUGAUGAGUUUUGGCAAGGUUGCACAUGAUCUUCUAAUUCGCAUCCACAAAAUUGAUAGUAACAACUACCCUGAGACAUUACAUCAGAUGUUGAUUGUUAAUGCUGGUAACAGUUUCAAAUUGAUAUGGAACACUGUAAAAGGUUUUCUUGAUCCGAGAACUACAGCAAAGAUACAUGUUUUAGGAAACAAAUACCAGAAUAAGCUGCUCGAAAUUGUAGAUUCUAGCCAACUGCCUGAUUUUCUAGGUGGCUCUUGCACUUGCUCAGAUGAGGGAGGGUGUCUUAGAUCUAAUAAGGGACCAUGGAAUGAUCCAGAAAUAAUGAAGCUUGUACACACUGGACAAUCAAUGUGUUCAAGGAAAAUUACUUGUGUAGAUGGAGAAGGAAAAAGGCAUUUCCAAGUUAAGUUACAUAUCUCCAAGGGUGUAGCAAGCAAAAUGUCUAUAAUUAAGUCAAAAUCGGAUGUUGUGGGGGUUAGCUCUCCUAGUGGGUCAAGGACGUGUGGUUUCACCCAGAUGAAUUCACUUCAGAAAGUUACGCGUGAUGAUCCUGUGCCUUGCGGUAGCUUGGUUAAAACUUAUGGUGUGAAUCGAAUGGAAGAUGUUGAUUUAAGGGGUAGAGGAUUGACAGGUGGUUCAAUCAAUAAUUCUAUCUGGAGAAUUCCAUCACAAAGCUUUCUUGCAUAUAUAACAAGACUAGUUGCUCAGUUUUUAGUGAAACUAUUAGCACUUUUGCAUCUUGUACUUGACGGCUUUGGGAGAUUGGUUUCUGUCCCUCGUGCGAAUGAGCGGUUGGAAAACCGAUGUAAUCCAUAUCCAAACACUGCAAGUUCCGAGCACCAACCUGCUCCCCUGGUUGUGGGAGAGGACUCUAUCCUUCCAUGCUUGGAGAGGCUGCAGAGAUUAGAAGCAUUGGUAAGUGAGCUGACUAGAAAACCUGCGAGACUUCCUCCAGAGAAAGACAACAUGCUUCUGGAGUCAAUGGACCGUAUCAAAUCCAUAGAAUAUGAUCUACAGAAGACGAAGAAAGCAUUGCAUGCAGCGGCAUCAAAACAAGUGGAACUUGCCGAGUCAGUGGAGACGUUCAAGGAAACCACUUUACGUAUAUGGAGGGACAAGGGACUGAUGAAAAUGGAGCUGGGGCUAUCACAUGAUCACAACUAACCCCUCUCCCAUUCCAUUCAUUUCAAGUUGGCUUCGAAAUUGUUGUGAUUUCUAUUUUGCAGGCGGCUCCAUGUUAUGAUUGAACAAGGGCUACCUCCAGUUCGAUGAGUUCCACUUCAUUGAACUUGAGUUAUUGAAACUUAAUUAAAUUGAGAAUCCAAACACAGCCUUAAUAACUCUUGUAUUUCCAGCACAUCAUUUUCCCUUUUAUAUAUUAGUCUGGACAAAUGGCUGGUGGAUAUCGAAAAAUCAUGGUGUACUAUUGCUUUCUUAAGAUAACUUCACCAGAUUGGUGAGUUGGAGAAACCAACAAUGAGCCACAACAUCUGAAACAGUCAUCAUCUA